UGCAUUAACAUAUUUACAAGUUUUCUCACUCCAGAUAUCAGGCAUCACAAUGUCAGAAAACACGACAAAAAAUACAACAGGCAGCAUGAAUGCAAUAUAUUCGCAGAACUUUUUUAUUACUUUAAUGUUUGCAGUUCAGUUCUUGAUGGGAAUUUUUCUCUAUGUGAACAGCCUUCUCAUUUUCACCUUUUUUAAAAAGGAGAUCUUUCGCACCAGUAAUCGCUACAUAUUGUUUUCACACACUCUGAUCUGUGACUCUAUGUUUCUUGUUGUAACUAACAUCUUCUUCACUCUGGAUAUGACUCAGACGCCUAUACCUCCCUUUCUGUGCAUCAUCCUCUGUGGGAUUGCGGUUAAUCUGCACACUACCACACCACUGACACUGACUGCAAUGAGUGUGGAACGUUAUGUAGCCAUCUGUAUGCCACUCAGACAUGCUGAACUCGCUACCUUGCAAAAAGCUGGACUCUGUAUCCUGAUCAUUCAUGCUAUUAGCAGUAUUCUGACGCUCACCGUCCUCUUCAUGUUCUUAGCAACUGCCUCCCUCAACUUCUAUGCCAAAUAUUUGAUGUGUAAUGCUGAAUUAUUAGCAGUUUACAAAUGGCAAGGACAUGUCAGGUCUAUCUUCUAUCUAGUGUACUUCAUAGUUAUGACCGUCACAAUCGUUUUCACCUAUAUAAGUAUUGUCCAGGUUGCCAAGAAAGCUUCUGCAGACAAGAAAGCUACAUCAAAGGCCCGUAAAACAGUUCUUCUUCAUGCUUUUCAGUUAUUUCUGUCUUUAAUUCAAAUGCUGUGCCCUUUUCUUGAACAGGCAGUACUAGAAAUUGAUGUAAACUUAUACAUAUCACUUAGAACUUUUGAUUACAUAGUAUUUUUGCUUGCACCUAGAUGUCUCAGCCCUCUCAUAUAUGGUCUGAGGGAUGAACAUUUCUACUUGGUUUUGAAAUACUAUGCUCUUUGGGGUCUUAAUAAGAAAAUGUCUCCUGUCAUUGUUGAUUUGUAA